UGUCAUUCGGUCCGUGGCUUGUCACUUUGCUUCCUCAAUCGUCAAGCUACAACGUAAAGAGACCGGCGAGGCCACCCACAACUUGUGAAUCUGAAAAUGGAAUCAAAAGCUUUCGUAUCUGUUACGUUCUUGAUCGUAACCCUCCUCCUCUGUCGAACAAUUCAAUCAAGAAGUUGCAGAUCAGAUGAGAAAACCACGGAGAAGACGAUGAUUUUAGGAGGCGUUCAUGAUCUCCGAGGAAACCAAAACAGUGGAGAGAUCGAGAAUCUCGCUCGAUUCGCUAUUCAACAACAUAACAACCGAGAGAACAAGGUUCUUGAGUUCAAGAAGAUUGUAAAGGCAAGAGAACAGGUAGUUGCUGGAACCAUGUACUACUUAACUCUUGAAGCAAACGAAGGUGGCCAGGCCAAGAACUUCGAAGCCAAAGUUUGGGUGAAGCCAUGGAUGAACUUCAAGCAGUUACAAGAGUUUAAAGAAUCUUCUUCUUGAACAUUUCACUUGUUCAAAAGGGUAAUCUAAAUGUUUCUGCUAAAUUAUAUGAAAUAAAUAAGGCUGAGAUAGCUUUGUUUCAGACCAGUGUGUGUAAUACUAAACCAGAAGUUAAUGUAAUCAAGGAACCUGUUAUGGCUUUA